CUGAAAAAUUGUUUCUUUCAGGUUUUUAAGGUCUGGGGAAAGGCGCAGCCCAGCAGGGACCCAUCACUCCUGGGAGGAUGGUGCGGAUCUUGGCCAAUGGGGAAAUUGUGCAGGAUGACGACCCCCGCGUGAGGAACACUCUCCCAUCACGCAGCGGCACCCCUCGACAGAGCUUUCUCAACAGGGGCCAUGGUGCGCCCCUGGGGGGUUCCGGCCCUCGCCAGCAGCAGGCGGGGGCUAGGCUGGGCGCUGCCCCGUCCCCCUUCAGUGAUCUCAACCGGCAGCUGGUGAACAUGGGCUUCCCCCAGUGGCAUCUCGGCAACCACGCUGUGGAGCCGGUGACGUCCAUCUUGCUCCUGUUCCUGCUCAUGAUGCUUGGUGUGCGUGGGCUCCUGCUCGUGGGCCUCGUCUACCUGGUGUCCCACCUGAGUCAGCGGUGACCUUGGGAGCAAGCGGGGCAGGCACGUGGGAGAGGGCGUUCUGGGGCCUUGGGGUGAGAACGGGCACACGGGUG